AUGGCUCUACGCCAUCUUUUCGACCUGCCUACCGAGACGAAGCUGAUCAUUCUUUCGCACCUUCCUUUCAAGGAAAUUCAACGUACUCGUGCAACAUCUCGACACAUACGAGAUCUGAUCGACUAUGAGCAGAAUCGCACUGUCCUUCUACAGUCGACUGCGCCUAUCCAAGUACUUGCAAUCAGCGAAGCAUACGACAAUGUCUUCAGGAUCGACCCCCACAAGACUGACCUGCUAGGGUUUGUGAACUAUUUCUUCCAGCAGCGGCAGCAUGCGCAUCACACCGGAACUCAGGAAGAGCGAAGAGCGUCCCCUCUCCGCACUUGCGAUAUCAUAGCGCGCCUAUGGGUUCGUCGAGCGGCGGUGUUCUCCAAACACAUCGUAAGAUCCGACAUUCGCGACCUCAUCUACGAGCUCGUCCAACUGCACACUUUUCAUGCUGGCACCAAAAAGGCCUUCGUAGACUGGCUCCUCAAAGUCCAGCACUUCGCAACUGCAGCUCUUACGGACCUGCUCAAUUAUCUGAAUGGUACGACAAGCUCACUAAUCCUGCUGGUCCUUACCUAG